AUUUCUUAAACUUUGCUCUGCUGUUUGCAGUUUGGAAUCACUGGCUCCUCCCCAUCUGUAUGUGUGGGGAAGGGCAUCGCCUUUCGGGCCUGGGGCAAGGAGGCAAGAGAUCCCAGCCAGAAACAAGGUGUUUCCUUUGACACCAAUGGCAGCCCAGUUGGACAGAGAUGGGAGAGGGUUCCACAUCCUCACUCCUGUGCUGGAAAGCACGGCCCUGUCAAAGGCUGCAGGCACUAGGGUCUACAUGAAGCUGGAGAAUGUCCAACCUACCGGCUCAUUCAAGAUUCGGGGGAUUAGCUACUUCUGUCAGGAGGUCUGGGAUGAUGCCUACGUAAAAGCCCUGGCGUUAGCGGAGACUGAAGGCUGGGUCAAUGUCCAUCCCUUCGACCAUCCUUUGAUCUGGCAAGGCCAUGCCAGCAUGGUUAGGGAGCUGAAGGAUUUGCUCGGCCACAAGCCAGGAGCCAUCAUCCUGGCGGUGGGCGGUGGAGGGCUGCUGGCUGGAGUGGUGGCCGGCCUGCAGGACGUGGGCUGGCAGGAUGUACCCAUCAUUGCUGUGGAAACCAAAGGAGCUGAUAGCUUCAAUGCAGCGCUCAGGGCUGGGAGAUUGGUCACCCUGCCGGAGAUAACCAGCGUGGCCAAAUGCUUAGGAGCCAAGACGGUGUCUGCCCGGGCACUGGAAUGUGUCAGCGAAUGCCAGGUCAUCUCACAGCUGGUGGACGAUGUGGAAGCAGUCCAAGCUGUGGAGCUGUUCCUGGAUGAUGAGCGGCUGCUGGUCCAGCCCGCCUGCGGAGCCCCUCUGGCCUUACUCUACUCGGGUCGGGUUCAACAGCUGCAGCGGGAAGGGCUCUUGAGCCCGGACCUGGACUCCAUUGUCGUCAUUGUGUGCGGAGGAAGCAGCAUCCAAAUGGCUGGGCUCCAGGCCCUGAAAACCCAGCUGGGCAUGAAAUGACUGCAGAUGCCGACCCCAAGAUGGCGUAUGGGGCAGGGGUGCAUGGGAUCCUAUGGAGACACUAAUAAUUCAUAUCACUGGGUUUUUGUUAGUGGCAUCUAAUGGAAUUCAAACCAGUUUAUAGAAUAAAUAUCAAGCUACUCUUAUGGCUUGGAUCCUGCGCUUACCACUGACUGCGUUAAUGCUGCUGGGCAUGGCUGCCGUGUCCUGGGUCAGAAUGAAGGAGGAGUCAGCUGAACAACGUUGGUUCUCUGAGCUGUGGCAGUCUGUGCCAUUUGGGAAGGUACUUUAGGACACUCAUUGGAGCUAGGCAAGUUAGGGAUUGUGACGAUCCAUCACUGUGGUUUUAACCCAUCUUUCUCAGUGUGAAUCGUUCACGACUGACCCUGAUUUCUGUUAUUCACGGCGGUUUAUUUGCUGAAUAAUUCUCAGACAAUGGGGCAAAAUGUUCAUGUCAGCUCUUUGUUAUUUGCAGUUGGUCACCAGUCAUAAUAGUUGUUUCUGCUUCCUGAUUGGAUGACUGAAACUUGUUUAGCUAGCAAAUAAAGGAAAGUGAGUGACGGAUUCCGCAUAGCGCUCUUCACAGGCCAAAUGCUCAGAUGAAUAAAUAUUUGUGCUAAAAAUCUGUGAAACCCUUCUGGCUUCAUGAUCAUUUUCAUGAAUACUCAACAGCACACUUGGGAGAAAGGAAGUCUUUGUUAAAGCUCUAACAUCCCUUCCUGCUCAACUAAGGUGUCAGAUCUGACAAUACCCAUCUCUGAGACCAUCCAAGGAGUUCUCCAGCAAAACAGGCCUAGCUAUUCCAGGUACUGUGUUGCCCAUUCUGAUGAUUUUAUUGUAAGUCUCAUGAUAUUUGGUGCUUUUCUUUAGAGCUGUCAAUUAAUCACAGUUAACUCACACAAUUAACUCAAAAAAAUUAAUCGUGAUUAAAAAAAUUAAUCAUACUGUUAAACAAUAGAAUAACAAUUGAAAUUUAUUAAAUAUUUUGGACGCUUUUCUACAUUUUCAAAUAUAGUGGUUUCAGUUACAACACAAUACAAAGUGUACCGUGCUCACUUUAUAUUAUUAUUUUUAUUACAAAUAUUUGCACUGUAAAAAUGAUAAAGAAAUAGUGUUUUUCAAUUCACCUUAUACACGUACUAUAAUGCAAUAUCUUUAUCAUGAAAGUGCAACUUACAAAUUUUGGAGUUUGCAACACUGCUUAUAUUUCUAAGCUAGAAAAAAAUCCUUUAAAAACAAAAGCCUUUCAGGGCUGAGAAAGGAGCAAAAGGAGCAGGACUCAAACAAAUUUAAACAGAAUCCUUUGUGGUUCUCCUUAAAAUCCACCAAAACUUUGGAAUGUCCCCUGGACACGUCGUCUUCUUCCGCCAAACUCCCCUAAAUGGCCUUCUCUCUUAAGCCUCACCCACUCUGUAUCCUCCAAGGUACUCCUUGAUCUCCUGUUCCUUGCCACUGUUCUCUCAACCCUCCGGAUAGAUGCACACGGCCUGAUUUUUCAGAGGUGCUUGGUGUUUGCAGCUCCCACUGUCUUUAACUAGAGGAGUGGGAGCUCAGCAUCUCUGAAAAUCAGACCUGUAGGGUUUUCCCACUGCUACACUGGGUCCCCGCAGCCUGCUGGGCCCAGAUCCCAAGGAAUCUGCCUUAUACACUCCCCUGAGGUCACAGCAGGUACUGGAGAGAAGAAACAAGCAUCUGAUGCAAGGAAAUUAUGAUUUCAGUCCACAAGGGGGCAGCAGAGUCUCUCCGACCUGGAAGUUCCAUACCUGCAGAGCACACAGCUGAGCUCCGCUCAGCAGUUCAAAGAGCAGAAAUUUGCCCCGAGUAUGAAAAAGUAAAUGAAGAAAUUAAGGGUAACUAGGGCGGGUGGCCAGUUCACAUCCACUUUUUCUAUUUGUCUUGGGAAUAAUUAAAAGAGAGACAAGGUGGGUGCGGCAAUAUCCUUUAUUGAGCCAGCUUCUGUUUGAGCUUCUCUCUCUUCCCAUCUUGUCUCCACAUCCUGGGACCGACCUGGCUACAACACCACUGCAAACAAUCGGGAAUAAUCAGACGUGCUUUUAACAUAUUUCCAAACUCAAUCAUCAUAAUAAUGCUUUGCACCUUUGUUGCUUUUGCAUGAACGUCGCAAACACUGAUUAAGGCAUCCAGCCAUCUGCUAGGUGGGCAAGUCUCACUGUCCCUUCUUAAAGAGGAAAUGGAGGCACAGCAGGGUUACAAGAAGUCUGUGU